UGUGCAUACAUUACCUACUUUAUUAUAGUUUUAUCGUAUAUUUCAUACAUUUAUAUAAAGAUGACUUCAACGUAAUCAAGACUUGUUUAUUUUUCUGAUUGUGCAAUUGAUGAGCCAUUUUUUACGUUAUUAACGUUUAGAACAUAUAAAUAUCAUCUCUAAAAUGUCGCAAGGCAGAGGACACUACAGGGGGAAAAGGAACAAUAGCGGUUCUUACCAAAGAAACAAGAAAAUCAAUGUGGGUGACAAAGGUAGAGAAGUGCUUGAAAAUUUGGAUGAAAACAACCCAGUGAUAAAGCAAUUUCAAGCAUAUGCCGUCGAGUUAGACACUAAGCACGAUCGUUUUGAAAGAAUCAUUAAGAUAAGCCGAGAUAUUACUAUUGAAAGCAAGAGAAUUAUUUUUUUGCUCCACACCCUUGACAAGGAAAGCAAAAGGACCGCUGUACUGGGAGAAGCGGAGACAAGGUUGAAUAAUCUUGUAAAAGGUUUGUUCAAAAAAGUUGCUCAAGAAUUAGAAGACCAAGAUCCUUAUCUUUACUUGAGAGCAUUCAGAGCUGGAUUCCAAGAAUUUGUUGAAGCUAUGACGUUCUACUGGUUUUUGCAAAACAAAACCUUGUACCACUGGACCAAUCUAGAAAAAUCAAUGAUUUACACAUUAGAGGAUCCAGAUAAAAUGGAGACAGAUGAAAGUAACGAUAAUCCAAAAAUGGUACAGACUCUGGUUGCACCUGUAGAGUAUGUAUUGGGAAUAGCUGAUCUUACUGGAGAGUUAAUGAGAAAGUGUAUUAGUAACUUGGCCAUUGGUGAUAUCUCAAGCUGUUACCAAACAUGUAAUUUUGUCAGAAGUAUAUACAAAGGCUUCUUGGGUAGUGCUGGUAUGUCUGGAAGGGAAGUAGGUAGGAAACUUUAUACUCUAAAGCAAAGCUUGAUGAAGAUGGAAAACGUGUGCUACAUGAUCCAAGUUAGAGGCUCUGAAAUUCCAAAGCACAUGCUAGCUGAUGUGGCUUUUGCCACCUCAGAUGGUAUGAAUGUAGAAGAAGAUGAAGGAUACCAGAUGUAUUAAGAACAAAACUUUAAUUUUUUUUUAUAUUUAUAUUGCUUAGAAAAAUAAAUACACUCAGAGAAUUUUUGU